UUGUGACGUCGCCGCCCGCCCCGCAUUCUGGAGCCCAGCAGCAGCAGGAGCAUCAACAGGACACGAGCUGCGGUGCUUGAGCCUCAUCUCGCAAGGAGGAGAUCCCCUAAUCCGGAGUAACAGAAGACAACUCCCCCCUCCCACCUCUACACUUACGCACACAGCCAUGGCAGACAACGCCGGCUUGGAAAACCACCGCAUCAAGAGUUUUAAGAACAAGGGGCGCGAUGUCGAGACUAUGCGAAGGCAUCGGAAUGAGGUGACAGUGGAGUUGAGAAAGAACAAACGAGACGAACACCUACUGAAGAAGAGAAACGUCCCACAAGAGGAGAGUCUGGAGGACUCUGACGUGGACUCCGAUUUCAAAGGGCAAAAUGUGACGCUUGAUGCCAUCUUACAGAAUGCCACCAGUGACAAUGCAGUCAUCCAGCUCAGCGCUGUCCAGGCGGCUAGGAAAUUGCUCUCCAGCGACAGAAACCCCCCCAUUGAUGACUUGAUAAAGUCUGGCAUCCUGCCUAUUUUAGUCAAUUGCCUGGAAAGAGAUGACAACCCCUCUCUUCAGUUCGAGGCAGCUUGGGCCCUGACCAACAUUGCCUCCGGGACGUCAGCGCAGACUCAAGCUGUGGUUAAAUCCAAUGCAGUGCCGUUGUUCUUGCGACUGCUCCGCUCUCAUCAUCAGAACGUAUGUGAACAAGCUGUUUGGGCUCUGGGAAACAUUAUAGGUGAUGGGCCACAGUGCCGGGACUAUGUCAUCUCCCUGGGUGUGGUCAAGCCACUGCUGUCUUUCAUUGACCCCUCCAUCCCCAUCACCUUUCUGCGCAAUGUCACGUGGGUCAUCGUCAACCUCUGCCGCAAUAAGGACCCGCCCCCUCCCAUGGAGACGGUGCAAGAGAUUUUGCCUGCCCUCUGUGUGCUAAUCCAUCACACAGAUAUAAAUAUCCUCGUUGACACAGUUUGGGCGUUAUCCUACCUAACGGACGGUGGAAAUGAGCAGAUCCAGAUGGUCAUUGACUCUGGUGUGGUUCCACUUCUUGUGCCUCUCCUCAGCCACCAGGAGGUGAAAGUGCAGACGGCGGCUCUGCGGGCAGUGGGAAACAUCGUAACUGGCACUGACGAGCAGACGCAAGUUGUUCUCAACUGCGAGGUCCUGAGAUAUUUCCCCAACUUGCUCACACACCCGAAAGAAAAAAUCAAUAAGGAAGCUGUGUGGUUCCUGUCCAACAUUACAGCUGGGAACCAGCAGCAGGUGCAAGCCGUGAUUGAUGCCGGACUCAUCCCCAUGAUCAUUCACCAACUGGCCAAGGGGGACUUUGGCACUCAGAAGGAGGCAGCGUGGGCCAUCAGCAACCUCACCAUCAGUGGAAGGAAAGACCAGGUGGAGUACCUGGUGGAGCAGAACGUCAUCCCUCCAUUCUGUAACCUGAUGCUGGUGAAAGACCCGCAGGUCGUGCAGGUUGUCCUGGACGGCCUCAAGAACAUUCUCAUCAUGGCAGGCGACGAAGCCAGCAGCAUCGCCGAGAUCAUCGAGGAGUGCGGGGGUUUGGAGAAGAUUGAAAACUUGCAGCAACAUGAAAACGAGGACAUCUACAAACUUGCCUUUGAGAUUAUUGAUCAGUACUUUUCAGGAGAUGACAUCGAUGAAGAUUCCAGUUUGAUCCCGGAGAGCACUCAAGGAGGAACCUUCAACUUUGACCCCGCUUCCAACAUGCAAACAAAGGAGUUUAAUUUCUAAGGAAAAACAAAAAAAAGCAAAAAAGCAAAAGCCAGGAUGUUUGCUUCAACCAGCUGCACGGGUACUCUUUAAUCUCCACUCCCCUUCUCCCCACAAUGACAUUCAUCCAUUUCUCCUCUAAUCUGGCAACCUGCUAUGGAAAGAUUGACUUCAACAUGGAUACAUACGCACAAUCACCACUGAGAGAUGUACAGGGGCCCCCACCACUACAUCUUAACUGUUGGGAUUGUCUUUUUUUUUUUUUUUUAAUAAUUACCCCUCACCACCAUCUGGCACCCUGCAUCACAAAGAUUUUUGCUUUGACAUAUCACAACGCAGAAAAACACGAAGGAUGAUACGGCGUUUGCCAAAAUGUACACAAGCACAUUUUAGUUGGUAGUCUCUCUGUCUCUCUCACUCUCUCGCUCACUCUCUCGCUCACGACCACAUGUUUGGACUAUUAGUGUGCAUACUUCUGUUUGGAAGCCAUCAUAUCACAAAUGGGGGAGAAAUACUGCAAUUUUGUUUUACGCAUGUUUCUUCACAAACGCACACGUGGCAAAAUAAACACCAAUUUUUAGGGUCACAAAGGUUCCUGCAAGCUUCCCCUCCCCAAGUUAUCCUCUGUCACCCAUUGCAGAGCUACGGCAUGAUUAAUCCCCCCCACCCACCCUGCCCCAAUCUUCACUCCCCACUCCACUGAGGGUGAAAGGGCUCUAAUGGUGGCAGAUAGACUUGACAGGACUUGAUGAUGUCACUUUUUUUUUUAAACGUGACCUUAAUUGAAUUAUUCAAUCGUGUGUCUUCCCCCCCAAAGUGAAGUAACUGCCAUCAUUUUUAUUUCUUCCUGUUAAAAACUGAACUACCUGCUGAAAAGGACUUUGCAGAGUAAGGGAAGGAGGUCAUUGGGAAUUGCAGAGACUCAGUGUCCACGGUAGCGUCUCCCCCUGGACUGGACCGCACUGAACGUCCUAUUUGCUCAUGAUUCCCCUGUAAUGUGAAUUUUAUUAAGUUAGGGGCCGCAGGGGAGGUGGCGGAAACACCAAAAUUUGCUAAAACUGACCUGAAUUUAAUUGUGUGUGUGAGAAAUCAAGUGGCCAAGUGCCCAAACAAAAACAAUAUGUCGCAAUAGUAUGGGUGGGGGUAAAUGUCUUUGCUACCAAAAAAAAACAAGAAAAUCCCGAAGAAGUCGCAAUAUUAAAAUAUCUCCAAUGUUCUUUCCCCACGAAGCAAUCGGGCUUUUUCAAAGAAAAGUGACAUUUAUCCACAUCGAAUCUGCUUUGUUCCCGUCACAUUUUCAUCAUAAAGUCACCACGACUGUUCAGAAAAUGUCAGCUUAUUACUCGUUAUAUUUUGACAUUAUUCUUGCGUCAUUUCUGAAGACUCACAACCGAGUGCUAUUUUGUUUCUCUUUCAGUGCGGCCUCGUUCGUUAACAGGCUUCAUUGCUCACAGACAAAAAUUUAAAUGAGACUUCGGGGAGCGGGAAGGGGCACCUUCACAGUACUUCUUCACCACUUGGCCCGCUCGCUCACUUGAUUUAAACACUUGUUAAAAAAAAAAAAAGAAUUGUGAUGAGUAUCUCUCCUUGCCGUCUAUUGAAUAUAUCUAAGUAUAUUGACAUGAAGCCUGUAAAAAGCUGCCGCCGGUAAAACGUUGUAUGGACGACAACAAUGAGGACCUCGCUGUCGAAAAUGGCUGCCGGGGCAUUUUUUUUUUCUUUCUUUUUUCUCUUGUUGAAGCAAUAUUUCUUUUGUUAUAUUUGACUUGCAUAUGUAAUUGUCAUGACAUGCUGGUUAGUAAUAAUUGAAACCGUUUUCCCUUUCUUCGUAGUGGUGUCGGGGUGAUAUGCUCUCUCCCCCGAGAUUUUAAAUGCUCCUCUGGUCGGCUGCUAACUACUGAGAAGGCGAGCUCGCAACUGAUGGGCGAUUUGAAUAGGGGCGGGGGGCGUGCUAGUUGUUUAUAACAGAACAAAAAUUCUAGAGCGAGGGUGUACAGUAAUGCACUAGCAGACUAGACCGAGCCACUUUAAAGAUUAACAAUUAUGUUGGUCUUGUACCCGCCAUUGGAUACAAGCUUGUUUGUUGCAAGAUUUUUACUUGCUCUUGAAAGAAAAAAACAGUUGUUUUAAAUGAAUACUUAGAAGAAAAGCAACAGACAGCGUUUUGGCCUCUGAUUGUUUAUAUCUUUUUAUAAAUUUUAGAUUGAACUCUUCUCUCUUUAAGGUGGCUCAUUGAUGCUUUCAACUCUUGUGCAUAUUAAAGACAAAUAUGAGUUGGAAAAAAAGUCACGGUGCCUUUUUAUUUUUUUGUUGGUUUAAAUUUCAUGGAGUCAGGGGGUUCUUAAGUGUGGGAAAGUUCAAACAUAAGAUGGCUGCUCUCCAAUCAUCGCUCAUUGUAAAUCCUUAAAACUGAAAGUGGUUGAACUAAAUUCGCGUUGCAAGUUUUAAAAUAUCCAUUUUCUUUACUUUUUCCUAAGUUGCAGCACCCCACACUUUUGAAAAUAUUUGUCCUGGAGUAUUAACACCAAGAUGUUAUACCUGUAAAUGUGACCUCACACACGCCCGUUUCCAUGGUGACGCAAACAUAAUUUUGAUUCGUUUGCCAACCCAUCGCCACAAGCCAUCAUCGCCACGUAACCUCAUUCAGGGGGAUUUUUCAUAGCAUCUCUUCUCAUAGCACCCUCAGGACAUGACCUAUGUUUCUGAUCCGAAGCGAAAUAAAAAACUGCUGUCCAAGCCGA